AUGAAAGCGAUCAUCACACAUCGACUCUUGCCUAAGCGUCUCCUGAGUCUCGCUAUUCGGAGUCCUCUUGGGCAGGGUGCACAGGUCAAGGACGUCCCAAUCCCAAGCAUCCCCGAUAAUGAGGUCUUGGUCAAGGUACGCGCUGUCGCGCUGAACCCCAUCGACUUCAAAGACAUUGAUUUCAUUUCCCCACGCAACUCCGCCAUUGGCUGCGACUAUGCGGGCGAGGUGGCUCGGGUCGGCAAGAAUUCAGGACAACGUUGGAAGGUUGGAGACAGAAUCGCUGGCUUUGUCCACGGGGGCUUGUAUCCCGAGGUUGGCUCAUUCGCCGAAUACCUGAAAGUCGAUGGAGACUUGGCCUGGAAGGUGCCUGACGGAACGACCCUGAGCGAAGCCACCACCUACGGAGUGCCUGCCGCCACCGCGAUGCUGGGUCUUUCGUAUCUAGGCAUUGACCGGGUGGAUAUCGAGAACGGACGCAGCGUUCGACAAGGUGACCAACCGACCAUUCUCAUCUAUUCAGGCGGCUCGAACGUCGGUCUCUUCGCCAUUCAAUUGGCCAAGAGAGCAGGAUACACUGUUGUGGUCACGGCCUCGCCACGUUCCUUCGACCUCGCAAAGCGCUAUGGUGCCGAUGCAGUCUACGACUAUCGGACAUCUGCCUCCAUUGGCGAGAUCAAGAAAUCCUAUCCGAACAUCACAAAAGCUCUGGACUGCUUUUCCGAAGGCACUUCCGCCGCCUUCUGUGCUGAUGUGUUUCGAGAGGAGGGUGGCAAAGUGAUCACACUUCUUGAUCAAGGAAAGCCGCGGAAGGCAAAUGUGACCUAUGAUUUCCUCAUGGUUUAUACUGCCUUCGGUCGCAAGUUCCAGUUGUUGGCGCCCCUUGGUCCCGUGUUCCCAGUGAGGCCGGCGGACCGCGAAGUCAUCGCCAAAUUCUAUGAUAACUUAUCCAGCCUGAAACUGCAGUCUCCACCUAUUACGACGAUUAAGGGCGGAUUCGACGAGAUAAUUGAAGGUCUAGAUACACUUCGCAAGGGGGAAGGUCGAGGUACAAAGCUCGUUGUUGAGUUUUAG